AUGGGCCAAUGGUGUAGCAGUUUGCCGACGAGAGGAGGUCCAUGUCGUCGCGUGAGUGACGGAUCCGUAGCAAGGGAUAUUUCCGCGACGGGCCUGGACCUGCCAGAAGAGUUGCUGGCACUAAUUAUCGAAAGUGCCGCUGGGCGUCAACAGCUUGCGCCUAAUGAGGACUGCUGGCAGCAUGUUCAGACGCUGCGAAGCUUGUGCAUGACCUCCAAGAAACUCCGCCGUUUGGCUGAACCGGUCCUGUACCGCUCAAUUGUUUGGCCUGCUGGGAAGCCUGGCUCUGUCUGCAGAGUGAGACGGCUUUUGCGCACGAUAUUUGCUCGGCCCGAUCUGCGAAAUCGUAUUCUGGAUGUCCACAUUGGUGUUGAUCAGUACACCCAAGCUGAAGACAAAGAGACAGCGUGUCAAGAUCUUCGGGAUGUGGACUGGAAAGCAUAUCGGACAGCUUUGGGAGAACUGCUCACGCUUGGCGGAUACGGUAUCAAACACAGAGAGCUUCUGCAGCACCUGCGCGAUGGGCAAGGGUAUGCUAGCUGGACCCUCUUGCUCACUUCCUGCAAAAAGAUACGCCGCAUUGACUUGCAGCUGUGGCCCGGUUGGAAAGAGUCAAGCAUAGGCCACAUAUUGCAAGCAGCUGGGACGUUCAGCACGCAGAACUUGGCUCCAGGCUUCGUUGCGCCAUAUCGUCUAUUGCCUGAAUUGAAAGAAUACACGCUCACACAUGGAGCGCCCGAAGGCUGCACGCUCAUGGAGGACGUGCAAAACUUGCUCUGUCAUGCUACACUUUCCACCCUUAGAGGGAGAUCACUAAGCUUACAGGAAGAUGAGUUACGAGAGUUUCUUGUCCGCAGGACUAAUCUAAGAACCAUCGAGUUGACUAAUUCGUUACUGGAUGCUGCUGGAUUUGCGUCCUUAUUGGGAGUCUGCACAAAACUGGACAGCCUGUCAGUCCAUUGGGGUUCACUGAGAGUGGGAGACUGCAUUAUCGAAUGGCACUCUAUUGGGGAUGCACUGCGACAGUUCGGACCGAGAUUGAUCAAACUGAGGCUCGAGCCUAACGAUGCAUUCCAGUUCGAUGAAGCAAGCUUCAACACCUCACAUCGUCCGCUUGGCGAUCUGACGCCACUGUCAAUGCUUCAAAUUCUCCAGGUUCCUGCUAUGUGCUUGGUCGGACUAGAUCUGCCGCAGGUACAGGGUUCUGGAGCCUUUGAGGUCAACGACUUACUGCCAAGUUCGCUGCGAGAAAUUGAUAUUUUGGAUUUUCGAGGUGGGUGCAAACUAUCCGAGCAACAAGUUCUUUCGAUGACAAGUAGUACAAGACUUGGCAACCUUGAGAAGAUCGUACUUGGACGUAUGAAUAUAGAUCCACAGGCAAUUGAGUCGCAAGGCUGGAGUAUAUGGCCUCGGCCGCUCUCAGCGUCCGGAUCCGGCCGCAUGGCAUUGGCUCGUCGAAAGGCUGGACAGAUCUAG